AUGUCUAACAAAACCAUUUGCGACGUUGAUACUCCGGACCCCUGGGUCGUGGCGGGCAACGGCAAGUUUUACCUUACCUUCACCCUCGACAACCGCAUCGAGAUCUGGGCCUCGCAUACGCUCGAGGACUUCCACCACUGCCACAAGAGCGUCGUCUGGCACCCCGCGCCCGGCACCCCGUGGUCCGUUAACAUAUGGGCGCCGGAGCUGCACUACCUCAACGGCCGGUGGUACAUCUACACCUGUGGCGCGCCGCCCGGCGUCGGGAACCCGGGCCACCGGACCACGGUGCUCCGGUCAUCGUCGCAUGAUCCGAUGGACGCCGGGGCGUGGGAGUUCCUCGGCCCGCUCAAGGGCAUGCCGGACCAGUGGUCCAUCGACGCGACCGUCUUCAGUCCGAACGGACAUGACUUGUACUGCUGCUGGUCCGGGUGGCCGCUCGGCGACACGUCCGACACGCAGCAGGACUUGUUCCUGAUCAAGCUGCGCGUGCCGGAGGAGGCGAUGCCCGAGACGCUGGUCUGCAUCUCGCGGGCCGAGCUACCGUGGGAGCGGCCGGACGAGGGCCGCCGCGGGGUCAACGAAGGGCCCACGUGGGUGAACAUCCCCGGCGUGUUCAGCGGCAUCGUGUAUUCGGCCGACGGUAGCUGGACGAGCCACUACAAGCUCGGGCUGCUGCCGCUCAUAGGUCAGGAUCUGCUCAACCCGGCGUGCUGGGCGAAGAGAUCGACGCCGCUGCUGGUCAGUCAUAAGCGGUGCGGGGGUCCUUACGGCCCAGGCCACGCGAGUUUCCUGCCGAACCCGCACGACAGAAGCCGGGUGUACUGCAUCUACCACGCAACGAGCAAUUAUGGCGAAGGAUGGGCGAACAGGAAAGCGAGAGUGAUUGAUAUGGGACCGGAAUGCUUUGGGCCUCAUGCGCACUCACUGUGCUGCGCGCUGGAUCGACACGUGCCGAAACACAGCCAUGACAGACCACGGGAUUCAUCAUGCAUCAUGUCAUGA